GCCGCCGUUUCAGCCGAGGCUGGCUCUGCUGUUUCAAAGGGUCGCCUGGCUGGCUCUGCCUCGUCCCCAUUGGCCGGAUGGGGCCCUCCUUCCUGCUGGGGCUGCUGAUGUCAGCCACGCUCUCACACCCUUCCUAAGCUUGCAGCCGCCGCCGCCGCUCCUGCUGCUGCAGCAGAACCUCCUCGGCGCGAUCAGCCAAGACCCGGAGAGCGGCAGCCUCUCCGCCGGGGCGAGGCCAGCCCCGCAGCCGAUCCAGGGACCGGGCUCCUUCCUUCCGUCCUUCCUUCCUUCCAAAGCUCGCCCGGAGAAGGCGGAGGACGCUUGUUUACCAGGCGGAGAAGGAAAGGAGAAGGUAGCGAGCCGCCUUUUGUCUUUGGAAGGAAGCAUCUCCUUUUUGGCGGCUGCCGAUCUUGCCCGGGUCGGGGAGGCGCGCUUUUUGCUCGCUCCAGCCUCUUUCGCCCGGACUUCGGCUUCGGGCAACAAUGUCUUGAGGCUGCGGCGGCUCAAGAAAUGCCUCUGGCUGUAGCGGUCCCGGCGGAUGCCUUUGUAUGAUCGCCGCCGCCGCCGCCGCCUUUGGCUCCCGAGCCUCCUUCGGCGUGUGCAUGUUGUGAAAGGCACAGCAGCGCCUGACCGCGGUUUGAAGCUGCCAACCUGGAAGAUCGGAUCGGAGCAGAGAGCAUCGCGGGCUGUUUUCUCCGUCUUUCUCCCCAGCGGGCUGGGUCAGGCUGCUGCUGGAUGGUGGUGGUGGCGGCAGCAGCGGCGACGUCUACGGCCCCAAUUGCCAAGCAGGCGACCUCCGGGGCGCUGUAGACCGGUGGCGGCGGCGGCUUUGCCUUUUGCAGGAUCGGGGGUGCCCCGCGGUUCGCGUUUUCUCCUGAACUGCUGGGUUGCCUUGAAUGUGUCGGAAUAUGCUCAUGAAGGAGUAUCGGAUCUGUAUGCCUUUGACAGUUGAGGAGUACAGAAUUGGACAGCUGUACAUGAUCAGUAAACAUAGCCAUGAGCAGAGUGAUCGUGGAGAAGGUGUGGAAGUGGUACAGAAUGAGCCCUAUGAAGAUCCAAACUACGGGAAUGGUCAGCUGACAGAAAAACGGGUCUAUCUGAAUAGCAAACUUCCAAGCUGGGCAAGAGCAGUUGUCCCCAAAAUAUUUUACGUCACAGAGAAGGCAUGGAACUACUACCCAUAUACAAUUACAGAAUACACGUGCUCAUUUUUGCCCAAGUUCUCCAUUCACAUAGAGACCAAAUAUGAGGACAACAAAGGAAGCAAUGAUAACAUAUUUGAUAAUGAAGCCAAAGAUCUUGACCGAGAAGUCUGCUUCAUUGAUAUUGCCUGUGAUGAAAUUCCUGAGCGCUAUUACAAGGAAUCGGAGGAUCCUAAAUGCUUCAAAUCAGAGAAGACUGGGAGAGGUCUAUUAAAAGAAGGUUGGAGAGAAACACAAGACCCUAUUAUGUGCUCCUACAAACUUGUAUCUGUGAAAUUUGAAGUAUGGGGACUUCAGACUCGAGUUGAGCAGUUUGUUCAUAAGGUGGUCAAAGACAUAUUGCUAAUUGGUCACCGACAAGCAUUUGCGUGGGUGGAUGAGUGGUAUGACAUGACUAUGGAUGAAGUCCGAGAAUUUGAACGAGCAACUCAGGAAGCCACCAACAAGAAAAUUGGAAUCUUCCCUCCUGCGAUAUCCAUCUCGAAUAUCUCCCUUCCCUCUUUGAUCCGCAGUGCUCCUUCUAGUGCUCCGUCUACACCUCUGUCCACAGACGCACCGGAAUUCCUAGCGGUUCCCAAAGAUCGUCAGCGGAAAAAGUCUGCCCCAGAAACUCUCACGCUGCCAGACCCAGAUAAAAAUGCUCUCUAAACCCAGCAUGGCUUUUUUUUUUCCCUUAUGACAAGCUAUGACUGACAGAAUAUCAUUUGCAAAGUUCAUGGUAGUUGUUUUGAUUUUAAAAAAUAUUGAUCUGGAAUCCUGCCGUUUCCCAUUCCCCCAUUCCCUUAGGCUUCCCCUGAAACUAGUUAGCUAAAUGCAUGCAAGGUCAUAGUUCAUGUGCUCUGAUUCCCAGACUAAAGCUCUAAGCCAUAUGACAAAUGUUGCUAUCAAUCCAGAAUGAAGUAGCUUGUAAAAAAAAAAAGCAAACGCGGCCUCUUGUAGUGAUGGCUGCAAGCAGAAGAUCUAAAAUUGCAGUGUUGAUGACUGGAGAGGGUUGCAGGGAUUUCAUGAAGCUUGCGAGGACAUCCCAAGAGAAUGAGGUUCUCCUUAGCUACAUUUCUCAUUUCAAGCCAUUAUAUCUCCAUUUCUGAAAUCCUUUUUUACUCUCAGGCCGAACGCACCUUAAAGUAAACCUUGGAACUGCUGAUUCACUGAUCAACACUUGAAUACUAAUAGAUUCAGAUUCCUUUUUACAGAUUACAACUCAGGAUUUGGGUGUAGCUAAUGCACACUUUAAUGCUCUUCAAAAAUUAAAGAACCAACGUGCUCUAGCUUUGUCUUAAAUUAUAAUCAUUUCGAGACCCUGGAACUAUUUGUAUCUUGCACAAAAAUUUGUAACUCCUUUUUAUUCUGUGCUGUUGUGAAGCUUUUCUGUGUUGGUUUUGGAGAACUGGGACCUAUUGUAGGAAGAAAAAUGGAAACACAAACAAAUAAAAUAGGCUCCAAAGUCCAUGGGACAAAUAUAUCCCAAGAAACAAUGCUAUUAUUAAUUCAUAAUUCAAUGCAGGUCUUCUGAGUUCCUAUGAAAUUAAUGAAAGUCGAGAUUGAAAACCCCCAUUAAAAAGUCAGGCCAUUUUUUGCAACGUUGUAAGCAAUUCAUCUAUUCAACAACUUGAAGUUUUGCUGAGGGUGUUCAUGCUGGACAGUUAAAACAAAAGCAACAAAUUGUAGCAUAAAAUAUGUUAGGCUUACUGUGAGGAUUCUUUCUCUCAUUUUAAAAAUUGUGUGUGUGUGUGUGUGAAUACACACAUACGUACAGGAUUUUUAGAACAAAACGCACACACAAGAUUUUUAGAAUCUUGCACUUGCAUAUAUAAAUAUAUGAAAUAGUGAAUACAUUGUAAGGCUGAGCCAUGAAUAAAAUUAAGAAAGAAAACUUGGGGAGCUCCAAACAAUUUUUUAAAAAGGUGUGUCUACCAGUACGUCUAGUAUAUCAUGCUCAAGAGAGUGAGAAUCAGUGCUUUGUCCAAAAGAGGUACUUUUUUUCAAUUAUGCUCAUUAUUAUUACUUCCUUUGAAUACGGGUAGUCCUUGACUUCCAACCAGUUUUUAGCGAUUGUUCAGAGUUAGAACAGACCACCUCGGGGAACUUACAACCUGAUUCCAAAGUUCCAACAGCUGCCUCCCCUCCCCAUCACCACCACUGUGGUCACAUGACAGCAUUUCAGCCACUCAGCAACCAACCUGCAUUUAUGGCUGUUUGUAGCAUUCCACGUUCCAGGACCGUGUUUUAUUACAUUUUUUGCCCAAAAGUGGCAUUUGCUUCUGUUUUUUGGCAAAACCUACCCAUAGGAAACAAUUGGUUUGCUUAACAACCACUGCAGAAAAGGUCAUAAAAUCAGGUCAAUCAUGUGGAUGACCACUGUACAACUGUCACAAUUUACGACCCUAACCGGCAGCUCCAUUACAGUUGUAAAUCAAAGACUACCUGUGCCGGCACCUGAAUUCAAAAUGAAAAGGAAAAUAUGGUGCACUGCUACAGUUGACAACUCAUUAAGAAGCCUCCAUCUAGUCCUUGUUUAAGAGCAAAACAGUUAAUGUGGGAAUCUUCUGACAUAAACAAAACAACAUGCCAGCUUCCUGAGCAACUUCAAUUGUAUUAUUUUCCAACAAUGAAAAUAGAAGUGUUUUUCUUUUGGCUUUUGGUACCUCAGAAAGAGAUAUUAGUUGUAUCCAGCCACAAAGUUUUGAGAGACAAAAUAUUGGCCUGCUAAUUCCAUCACCCUUCAGUCUCAGGAAUUAAAGAUACUUCCCCAUAUUAAAUUUAGGAUACUUGGCAUCUGUUCCUUUCCUUACAAUUCAUUCAGAAUCUAAUUUAGUAAAUUAAGUCAGUAGUUAACCACAUCUAAACUAGAAUCAUUUGUGAAAGUGUCAUAAACAUAUAGCAUUAGUACAAGGGGAAUAUAGAAAUAUAUAUCCAGACCUCAGGGGGGAUAAAGAUAACUUUGAAUAAUAAAAAAUUUCUAGUAAGCACGCAGCAUGAAUUUUCAUAUGAAAAAGUGUAGCAGACCUAAAUCUCCAAUUAACUCUCAAGUGACUUACUUAAAUUGUACAUACCAAGAGAACUGUUGUUUAGGUUUUAGUCAUAGAAAGGUAGAGUGGGAGAAUAGAAUGCACUAUGUGCAUUUGAAAACUCAAAAUAUGUAGUAGCUCUAAUUCUGUAUUUAAUUCCCCCCAUCAUUUAGCUUCAUGCCUUUUCUCAGUUAUUACUCAAAAUAUAUUUUUCUGUCUUGCUCAGCACUCUGAAGUUUGUGUGACACUUGUUAAUACAUGUUUCACUAUUAUUAUUAUUAUUACUAUUAUUAUUAUUAUUACAUUUCUAUACAUACAUACACCCUGAGUUUGCGGCUUUAAGUUAGCAGAAAAUUAUGAUAAUUUCUGUAAUUUUAAGCCAAAUGUUUCUUUCUCUGUAUCUGCUGUUAGAAUCUUGCACAGAUCGAUAAGCCAAGACAUCAAAUCAUUGUGUUGAUUUAUAUUAACUAUUUCACUUCUUCCUCAAUACUUUGGCUUGGGAAUAAGAUCAGGUGUUUUUCAGUUAUAAAGAAUAUGCUUGUUAAAAGGCUGCAUAAAAGUACAAAAAUGAAAGGCAAUAGCAUGCUAUGGAAAAAUAAUGGACUUUUCUAUGAUACUUUCUGCUCUCAAUGCUGCAGCAAGAAUUAUUUGUUCAACUUGAUGUGCUAUCCAAAUUGGGUGCUUAAUAAUGAAUAGACAAAAUUUGAUUCUUCUGCAUGUCUAAAUGAUGGUUGACAUAAUCCCUGUGUCAAUCUGCCUACUCUUUGCUUUUCCUAUAUUUCCAGGAAUUGGCCAAAAUAAAAUGGAUGUUUCUUCAGCAUAUACACUUUCAGGCUCUUCAUAAAUGAUUUUACACUCUUUUGUCACAUUCUGAUUUUCUUCCAUAGGUUUUGCCACUAAGGUAGUCAAUUAUCCAAUUUACUUUUCUUUCUUGAUUUUUGUCAUCUGUUUUUUGAAACAAAAAACAUAAUUUCUGACACAAGAAGAAUAACUAAAUUAAAUUUCUAGCAUAUUUUUGGUUGCACUAAUGUGUCUUUUCCAUGGGAAAAAAGUUUGGCUGAGUUGUAUUGUUGACUUGUCUGGUUUAAUUUGUACAGAAUCUGCUGUAUAUUUUUAGCUGUAUGUUUUUUGUGAGGAUCAGACCUGUGGAUGUUUAACUAUUUGUUUUGUGGAACAAAGUGGCACUUUCAAUAAGGUCUGGUGCAGCAAAGCAAACUGAAGCCUGACUAGGCCUAUUCCCUCUUUUUUCAAUGAAAACAUUUGAUCAAUGCUAAGAAGAGGAAGGAGGACUAUGUUCUGAAAGGAAUAUGUCCUUCUGGCAUUAAAUUAACCUUUCCUAUCAAAAAAGAGGGUCCUGAAAUUAUCUGUUUCAAGACCCAUCUUGGACCUCCUAAGCAAAAGAAGAAAAGCUUUUUUUAAGUUUAUUCAUGAGAGUCUCAAGAAAGUUGCUCAAACUUUAUUGUUGAAAACUGGUUUCCAUGUACACAGAACUUUAAAAGUCCAUGUACAUGUUCUAGAAAUCUUCAUGGGGUUAUAUUUGCUAGGAAAGUUUGCAACGAAAGUUGUUAAAUUGCCAUAAAAUAAAUUUGAGCCUAGCUGUUUUUCAUAUAUCAGUGUACAUACCUCAAUUGGUGUACGUUUAGAUCAAUUAUUUCAUAUUGAAUAACUAGAAACCGUCUAAUCCAUUUUCAGGUAGAGACUUCACAAGGUUGUUGUUCUAGGGAAAAUAGGAAAAGGAAGGCAUAUUAGGUAUGUUUGCCACCUUGAAUUAUUCAUAAAAGUUGGGAUAAUAAAUAAAUCAAGUUACUGUUAAAGAGCCCAGCUGGAACGGUAUCAUCUAGAAUAGAAAUGCUCUGGGCAAUUUUUCUUACUGUAAACAUUGGCAAUGUUUCAUUUUUUUUAAAUGAAACUUUUUAAAACUUUGUUAAUAAAAAUGAAAAUUACUCGUCUGUUUUUAUGUGAACGAUAAUAAGAGAUGUGUGUCUUUAAUCACACAUAGGUUGGAUCCUGAAGUUCCUCUCUAUGAGCAGAAAAAGUCAAAACAGGCUGACGAAACUCAUAUUAGCCUUCCCAUGCUUAGCUGAGGGCCUAUAGUCAAACAAAAUUCCUCUCAUGCAACUUUGGGUUGGGAUUUGCUGCACUGGAACUUUAGAACAUGGCUGUUGUUUAAAAGACAUCCAAUGUAUGCACUUCAUGGUAGUUAAAUCAUAAGAUGGGAAAGGUUCAUGAACUUGUCAUUAGGAACUCAUUAAUUACCAUCCUUCAGUCUUCUGUUUUCAUAAAGGCUUGAAGCUAAACUAAUCGUGGGGAAGGGUCUUAUUGUUUGGAUGGCAUCGUCUUAAAAUUACAAUUGUCUAUGGUGUUUUUUUAAAUGUUCCUUCUAGAAAUAAGUUUUUUGGUUUUUUUCCUGUGACAAUCUUUGUGACUUUGAGUGUUGUGUAUAGUAGUGAGAUUUUCUGAGGGUUUUUUUGUUUGUUUGUUUGUUAGUUUUUGGUGAUAAGGUUAGUGUAAUGAAGGAAGGACCAAAUGCUCCAAGUUACACAAUACAAGACGUGCAUAGAAGAGUCAGUCUCAUGGUUUCCAUACUUACAUAAUUGUUGCUUUUUCAGUUAUUUAUUAUUGUUUGUAAAACUGCCUUUUCUUACAUUCUGUUGUAAAUAAACUACAAGCAAUCUUCUUUCCAAGA